AUGCCACCAACCAACAGCCUCUGGCACGCUCAUCAAAAUCAAGUAAAGCUACUACACACGGAAACCGAUCCCACCAAAAGGUACACCUACCGUGCCGAAACGACUCCCCAUCUUGCUACAAUCCUGGGCUUCCCAUCACGCUGUUCGACCUUUCCAUCUCUCUACGAGCAGACCUGUAAGGAAAUUGUCGAUCUCGCAGGUACGAUUGCAAUCUUCGAACCCGUGCGUCUCCACGUUCGCCCCGAGGAUAUCUCCCAGGCACGCCACCUGGUCGACGAGCGCAUGAAGACCGCUCCCCCGACGCAAAAAGCCCACGUCAGGCUCGUUCCAGCACCGGUCAAUCACUGCUGGGUCCGGGACUCUGGCCCAGUCUACGUGCGGGGCGUCGACGACGACCAGCGAUAUGCGAUUGAUUUCCGGUUCUGCGAAUGGGGUAAUAAAUUCACAGAGCGGAUUUACAAUGACACCGAGGACAAGAUCGGCGCCUUGCUGGAUCAAGAACUCGGGGAACGGUCCGACUGGCCCGCAUUAAGCGAUGCAGAGAGACGGGAGAAUACCGAGUUCGCACGACGGGUGCUGGAACUGGAGAACCGCGACCUGCCCGAUCAACCGGUGUCACGCGUUGUGUCUGCGGUGCGGCUCGAAGGUGGUGGGAUCGAGAUGGACGGGGAGGGCACUUUGAUGGCGAUGAAGAGUAGCGUGGUCGUUGCGUCUCGAAAUGAGGGCCUGUCUCGUCAGGAUAUCGAAACGGAACUCGGCCGUCUGCUCGGCAUCAAGAAAUUCAUUUGGAUUCCGGGGCGGGAGGGCCUGGAUAUCACGGAUUAUCACAUCGAUGCCGAGGCUCGCUUCAUUCGACCCGGUGUGGUGGUGGUCGGUAGACCACACCCAAAGUGUCAGCGGGUGUACUGGGACGUGUAUCACGAGAUGCGAGAGAUCCUCGAUAAUGCCACGGACGCGCAGGGUCGAAAAUUGCAAGUCCAUGAGAUUGAGGAGCCGGAUCCGGAUCUCGUCCGAGGGGACGUGGCCGGGGAGGAAAUGGAGCCGGCGGCUUCAUAUGUGAAUUUUUAUUUCACCAAUGGCGGACUGAUCAUUCCGGCUUUUGGCGAUGCCGUGACCGAUGCAAAGGCGUUGGAGACCUUGACUCGGUUGGUUCCUGGGCGGCGCAUCUGUCAGGUUGCCGUCAACGCGCUGCCUCGUACGGGUGGGGUUCUACAUUGUACCACUCAGCAAGUAGUCUAA